AUUCCAGGGGCGGGUGGAUGCUCUGGGUCCGCCUUCGUCGUGGCGUCGAGGAGAGGUUUCAGGGACCAGUUCGCGCUGUUUUGAAUCUUGGCGCUGGCGCACUGAGCAGUUUAGCUGUUGGUUAGCGGAGCAGAAACUAUGUGAAGCAGAACUCUUUCUGAAUUCUGAAAGACAUCAUUUCACCAUGGGACAGCAAAUUUCGGAUCAGACGCAGUUGGUUAUUAACAAGUUACCAGAAAAAGUAGUAAAGCACGUCACCUUGGUUCGAGAAAGUGGCUCCUUAACUUAUGAGGAAUUUCUUGGGCGAGUAGCUGAGCUCAAUGACGUAACUGCUAAGGUAGCUGCUGGCCAGGAAAAGCAUCUUCUCUUUGAGGUACAACCUGGGUCCGAUUCCUCUGCCUUUUGGAAAGUGGUUGUACGGGUGGUCUGUACCAAGAUUAACAAAAGCAGUGGCAUCGUGGAGGCAUCACGGAUCAUGAAUUUAUACCAGUUUAUCCAGCUAUAUAAAGACAUCACAAGCCAAGCUGCUGGAGUGUUGGCUCAGAGCUCCACCUCUGAAGAGCCUGAUGGGAACCCAUCCUCUGUAACGUCUUGUCAGGCUAGUCUCUGGAUGGGCAGGGUGAAGCAGCUGACUGAUGAGGAGGAGUGUUGUAUCUGCAUGGACGGGCGAGCUGACCUCAUCCUGCCCUGUGCUCACAGCUUCUGUCAGAAGUGUAUUGAUAAAUGGAGUGAUCGCCACAGGAACUGCCCCAUUUGUCGCCUACAGAUGACUGGAGCAAAUGAAUCGUGGGUGGUGUCAGAUGCACCCACUGAAGAUGACAUGGCUAACUAUAUUCUUAACAUGGCUGAUGAGGCAGGCCAGCCCCACAGGCCGUGACUUGGGGGAAGACUUCCUGUUGUUAUUCCAAACUACAAAUACACUGUUGUCAUAGAGGAGGGACGUUGUGGCACACAUAGAAAUAUCAGUUUCCCACCCUCUUAUUUUUGCUAUUCUGAUAAUAUGUCCCGUUCUUAAAUAAACUCCCAUGUCUUCCAGCAAUGGUGGGCUACAGUUUGCUACUGUUUAGCCAUAUUUCCCAUAGCCCACCUAUUCUAUGUUGCUCUUGAGCCCUUUGCUACAGAUAGCAGCAAUACUUGACACUACUGCUUUUCAGGGAGGGAGGGACUGUUCUGGCAUCUUCUUAGUGGGUUUUAAUUUUAGAGUGUUGACAGUUGUAGCCAUCUGAGAUAAGUGACUGAAACUAAUGUCUCAGCUGGAACCUGAGUCGAGUGUGCUCUGCCCCUGGAUCCUUCAGUACUGUGGCCCAAUAGCUUCCCGAUUUUAUACGUCACCUUUGGCCUUGGGUUCUGGAACGACUCUCUAUGUUGCCAUGAUGCAGCACACAGAUUAGGACUGUCUGGUUGGGACUCUGUCUCGAAGAUGGACUAUACUGGAGGGAUCUUCAUGGCUGUUUUAGAAAUGCAUCUCCAGACCUGAAUAGGUGUCCAUUGGAGUUUUCAUAAUGCCCAUGUAGCUUGAGUUUUCAGAGGGAAUUUUUUUCUUUAUAGAAACACACAUUUUAUAUUUCCAGGUUACACUGAGUCAUCCAAUCCUGAGCUAGACUGCAUUUUAGGUAAAAAUACCUUUCUGAGGCUUCGGUUUCCUCAAAUUUCUCAGAUUAAAAGAAGAGGAAGAUCAGGUAAAUGUCUUCACCAUGCAGUUGUAAAACUCCAGAAUCCAGACCUCGAUUGGCUUUCUCCCCAUUUCUCUGCACUAUUCAAGCUUCUGGAGAGAGAACAGUAACAGGAGUGCAGCCUUAGCGACCUCGGCAGUGGCUUAUGGAAGAAGAUGUUAAUGCUAACAGUUCAGCCUAUAAAAAAGCUAGUGUAUGAAAUAAGUCCCCUUUAAGAAAUUUUAGCAUUCCAUAGAAAUCUUCUCACUGAUUUUUGGCAAUUUGCAAAUGUUCCUAUUUUCCUCAGUAUAGGUGUACACAAUUGAAGUUACUGCUUAUUGAUUUUUGAUUCAGAUUUUAAUGAACAUUCAAAUAAAAUCCCUUUCACAGAAAAACAUCUGACUUGAUUCAGAUUUUAAUGAACAUUCAAAUAAAAUCCCUUUCAAAGAAAAAGGUCUGGCUUGAUUCUGCACCACAAACACUGAAGAUAUCAGUAGUCUACUCACUGUAAUGACAGGACAGUGACAUGCAUACCAGAUGGCUAAGUAGUCCUGCACAGUGCUGUCAUCUAUCAUACCUUAGCUGUGAUGGUUUCAUGACCUUGAGAAAGCCUUACUCUGCUGUAGGUUCCUAUGGAGGAACUGAGAUUGCAUUUGUGGUUUUCAAACAUAAGCAUUUCAAGUAGAUGUUGAGAGUCUAUUCACACUGAGUGCAUACACAAUGCUACCCCAUUACAGAGAAGCUACAUUUUACUAAUAGAGGUUUUCUUAUGUAAACUUUAACAGUGUGAUCACUUUUAAGUCAGUAUAUGAAAAUGUGAAAAUGCAUUGGUGAUACAGUUUCAUUAGAAUUUGUGAAUGAAAAACUUCUGUUUUGUAAAAAUAAUAAUUCAGGGCUAGAGGUGUAGCUCAGUUGGUAGAGUGUUUGCCUAGUGUCUAUAAAGCCUGGCUUCCAUCCAGCACUGCAUAAAAACAGUGCUGCUGGUACACCCCUACUACCCUAGCACUUGAGAGGAGGAAGCAGGAAGACCAGAAGUUCCAGGUCAUCUCCACCACAUAGUUCAAGAAUAGCCUGGGCUACACUGAAACUCUAUUUCAAAAAAAUAAAAUAAAAAAAUUGGGGUGGUCAGGCUACAGAGCUAACUCAGUGGUAAGAGCACUUGCUGUUCGUGCAGAGGACCAGAGUUUACUCCCCAGCAUCCACAUUAGUGGUUCACAGCCACCUGCAUCUCCAGCUCCAGGGGGUCCAACGCCCUUUUCUGAUCUCUAGAACACCCACAUGCAUGUUACACACAGACACACACUAACAAAAACAAAUCUUUAAAACAUAUUUGCAGAUGAUUGAAGCUCGUCUGUUGAUUGGCAAGUGCUCCAUAGAACACAUUCUUUAAGCCUUGGGAUAAGUGAUCUUCUGAGGUGUUUUCUAGCCCUAAAAUUGUCCUUUUGGAUUUAGACUUGCUGGGUUUAAUUCAAAUUGUGUCAUUUCAAAGUGUUUCUGAAAUGAAAUGCAUAGUUUAGGGGUUGGGGAUAUUUCUAGCAAUAGCCAAUACUUCUGUUCCCCAGAAUCCUUCACUUUUGAAAGAACUGAAAGAAAGAGUUCAGUGACUUGCUAUUGCCCAUUUCCCUUUUCUUAAAGUGUGAGCUCUGAGAUGCUAACUGGUCUACUGUGAAGUGUCAUGUCUCCAACUGCCUUAUCAAGUAGUGAGCAGAGUUCUCUAUGCAUUCCGUUGAACUGGGUGGUGACUCUUCAGAUGUCAACAGUAGGUAGGUACAGUAGGUAGAGUUCACCAUAGGAUCUAAUCAUAAAAGUUGUACAUUUGUCUCAUCAGUAAAAUGUAUACUUUUUCUAUUCUGUACAGCUUUGUCUUUUUAAAAUAAGGACUACGUAAAUACACUUACCAUGGUAGGAAAUUGUGUGCCUUCAGAGAUGUGUGAACUGCCUCCUGCUUUAGGGAAUUGUUGUAAAUUGUAUGUUAGUGCUGUGCUCACUCAGUAACAGUGAGUUGAUUCGGAUACUGUAGACACUGGGUUUCAGAAAGAGUCUGACUGUGUGCUGAUGUAAAGGCUGAGAAGAGCAAAGCCUGUUUUAUUCUUAGGAGAAACUGAUACACUGUGCAAUAAGUAAACUUUGCAAGUGAACAUUAGCUAACUAAAAAGACUUUUGCUUAUGUAAUUGCACAUUCUUAUAUACUAAAUAUUUAUAUUUAUUAGAGGACUGUUUUAUAUUAUGCUCUGGGGAUCGUGAUAUUUGUGUGCUGUUUUGAGGUGAUUUUCUUGUAUUAAUGUACAGCUGGGUAAUAAGGCUGCUUGGAAACCUUUGGUUCCCUGAUUUUUUAACACUGGGAAGUUGGGUGCAUUAAAAGAUAGUCUGAAUAACUGGCA